AUGGAGUAGUACGGUCAGUGGGCGCCAUCAACAACAUGAUGGUGGCUUAAAUUAAGGAAUCCAUAGGGUUUUACUUAUUGUAGUGUGCUGAAUUUUGUCUCAGUUGUCUCCAGCUGUACAGAUGGAUUCGCUCCAGACACAAAUCUUGGACAGAGGCUGAUUUAUAAAGGAUGUAGUUCUCUGAAAACCCGGAACAUCACAGACAAGUUGACGUUGACGCUAGUGUUAGCUGUUUGUAUUUUUAAGUAACGCUCAGUAACUGACUCGGGCGAAACAUCACCUUCUGGUUUGGAUUCAUCAUUUUAUUUCACCUCUGCUCUGAGCUGCAGGAGGCAGUUCUUGGUCCAGCACUUUGGGACAGAGACCACCCAGAGGUUUGCCUUGACCAGCUCCUUAUGUCUGAAGACUCGAGCAGUGAUGAAGAAUGGGGUUCAUCCACAGAAUGGAAGAUGGAUGAUUCUAACAGAGAGGGGAGAUGUUGGGAAUGUGGCAAGAAAUUCAGCAAAAUGACAAACUUGAUGUUGCAUUACAAAAGCCACGACAUCAAAGCCACCUGCUACAUCUGCGAGGUUACUUUCCGACGCCUGACUUCCCUCUCCAUGCACCUGGAGAAUGUACACUUGCCACCCCUCUGCAAAAAGUGCCCUCAGGCUUUCGGUAAUGUGUGGGACCUCAACAAGCAUGCGGAAACACAUUACACAAGCUCAACGCCGUUACAAGAAGCUCCCUCUUUGAUUUCUGAGGUCACACAUCAGAGUCAGAAUAGUAACAACUCUCCUGAUAACACGACAGCACAGCAAAGCACAGCCUUAAUGCCGCGUGACUCAGUGUCAGAGUUGAGGUCUCAACAAAGAAUUGAGGUGAACACAGAGACAUCUGAAAACAGCGUAGAGUAUACAGUGGGUGAAGAUGACAAAGAUAUUGACAUGGAAAGUGAUGGUGAGAAAACAGACGAUUCAGCAAGCUCUGAAUCUGAUGACAAAGAUAAGACACGCUCUAAACUUGCACUCUUGCGUCCAGCAGAUCCCGAAACAGGCUCAAGUUCAACCAAUGAUUCCACUGAUUCUUCUGGUAGCUUGCACUCUAAAAAAACCCCUGCAGCCCCUCCUAAUGUUAAUAGUCCAAUGUGUGCUGCGUGUGGUCGGGGGCCAUUUCGAUCAAUGAAGCUCCAUUUGCUGCACUGUAGUGGUGUAAGGGUAAAAUAUCAGUGUUCAGUAUGCAAGAACGUCUUUGUAACUGAGAAGUCUCUUAAGGAGCACUACAUGCCUUUGUAUACCUGUGAAAUCUGUGGCCAGGUUUUCCCUCAGGAGCACUUGUACCAUCUCCACCAGUGUCCCAAGACAAACAAACCGCCACUGGCCCUGUUUUGUUCCGAGUCACUGCCGCAAGCGUGUAACAUUUGCAAAUGUUUUUUCACCUCGGAGAAAUAUCUGCUAGGCCAUGUCACCAGAGUCCACACAUCAGUGGUGAGCACCAAAGUGUGUAUUAUCACCAAUCCAUCAGCGCUCGCUGGUAAAAAAGUUUCACCAGGCGUCCGAGGCACAGCGGUGCAGUCAGCCAUCACUAGUCCACAUGUGGUCAGUCAGCUCAUGAAUGGAAAGCUCUGUGCUGGCCAGACCUAUGCAGGGUCUCUGUCCACUGCUGUGAAAUCUAGCCCUUCCUCUCUUUUGACCUCCUCUUCCUACCCGGGCAGACCCCCUGCCACUAUAUGUAUGGCGUCUGCUGCUGCUCCUAUCAGAUCAGGAGAAGACUUUGCUCUAGCUCCAAACAGCCAACUUACAAGCCAUCUGUCUGCACCUUUAUUUGUUCCUCCUGGUGCCACUGACACAGCUCCAUCUACUGAGGCCUCUGACCCCAUCACUCCACCAACGCCGACCAUUCUGGCCAUGUUUGAGAACGACAGCCAUGACGUCGCUUUGAUGAAACGUAUGAACACAGGCUGGCGCUCCAAGGCCGCCUACCCCUGCAGGCAGUGUGGUGCUAUCUUCCGGCAGCCCUCCCUCAUCAUCAGCCACCGCUACCUCCACCGAGGCCACCGCUCACACCAGUGCCAGUGCGGCCGAGCUUUUAAGCACCGGCUGCACCUACUGCGACAUUGCGUUCAGCAUGCAGAGACUGUAAGCUACAUCUGUGUCAGCUGCGGAGAGACUUUCACUGGAGCAAAACUCUUAGCCGAGCACGUAAGUGGCAAAUCACAGAAGAAAUCUCGUUCUGGGCGGACAUUAAAAUGUAAAGCGAAGAGAGAGUGCAGAAUUCCCUUUACAUGUGACUGUGGACAACUCUUUUUUAGGCCUUCAGCUUACAUAUGGCAUCAACUUAAAAACAGGACAAAAACAAAACGAUUGAAGAAACCCUUGGAAUGAGACAGCAGACACAUCUCGUUUCCCCUUGGUACACUUCUCCAGCUUUCGGCAUCACACUUUAAAACAAAAUGUUAACUCAGAGUGAUGUUUCAUGUCCGGUUGUCAGUAUUUUGUUUGAUUUUUGUAAGACAAUAUCAAAGCAAAAUCACAUACACAUGAAUUUUUAAUGGCUUUUAAUUAUAAGCAUGUCUUGGAUGGUUGUUAACAUGUUUACACCAUGUGCAAAUGAUACAUAGUAAACAGGGUUAGAAAGAGUCCCUCUUCGGUUCUUUUUUACAACAAACCAGAGUACAAAUUAACCCGCGAGGAGCUUUACUUUUCAGUAUUGGAUUAAGUUAAAACACAUCAAAACUCCAGUUUAUCCUCCAGAGAAAGAGUCGAUCCAGUUUUUCUAUUUUUUUUUCUCACAAAGUGCAUUCUUAACAGUGAGGUUUGUAUGGAAGUUUCUGAGUCCUCUUUUUUUUUUCUUUAGAUCUGUUUUCACUACACAUGAUUCAAAUGUUGUUCUCCUGUAAGACGUCAUAGAGGUCUUGGUAUUCAGGUUGAAAAUAGCAUAUGAUUUUUUAAAAUAGUUGUUAUAUAAUCAUAGUUUUAAUGUUCACAGCCCUCAAUUUUAUGUAGUUUACUUCAUUCAUGACCACUAGAUGGAGCUGUUUGGUUGCUGAAUGACAACUUUGCCCAAGUUUCAUUGUUCUCAGAGCAGGUGUAAACUGUAAUGAUUACAUUGGAUGAUUACAACCUUAAACAUACAUAUUAAUCUACGAGUUUCAGAUUACAUCCCUUAAAAUCCCAAGGAUUUACAGUUAGAAAUAAAGAUUUUUCCCUUAAAAUCAAAGUUUAGUUAUUUUUUUCUCUUAUUUGAGAAUCAAAAUUUCAUUCACGUGAAUUCACUUGAUGGGUCAGAGGUAAGUAGAAUAGGGAUUUGCCAGUGAUUGUAUUCAGGAAGCCUGUUUGCGAACAAUAUUCAACCUUUUAACCAUUAAACUGUCUGCUUAUCAAAAAGA